CCAAGCAUUCACCUCAGUACAGAAUUCUAAUGGUGUGGCGUAUAUUGGGAGGGAUUGCCACCUCUCUCCUCUUUUCAGCCUUUGAAUCAUGGCUUGUUGCUGAACACAACAAGAGAGGUUUUGAGCAACAAUGGCUAUCAAUUACAUUCUCUAAGGCAAUAUUUCUUGGGAAUGGACUGGUUGCCAUUUUAGCUGGUUUAUUUGGAAAUCUUUUAGUUGGUUCAUUGGCCAUGGGACCUGUUGCUCCAUUUGAUGCAGCUUCAAUCUUUCUUGCCAUUGGAAUGGCCAUCAUCAUAUCAUCAUGGACUAAAAAUUAUGGUGACUCAUCAGAAAGCAAAGAUCUAAUGACCCAAUUCAGGGGUGCUGCUGUUGCAAUUGCAUCAGCAUUAUUGGGUGCAAUACAAUCUUUAUUCGAGGGUUCAAUGUACACUUUUGUGUUUCUAUGGACACCUGCUUUAAGCCCAAAUGGUGAAGACAUUCCACAUGGUUUCAUUUUUGCUACUUUCAUGUUAUCUUCCAUGUUAGGAAGCUAUUUAGCUUCUCGGUUAUUAGCACACACACUGACAUACAUUGAUAUUGUGUUGUGUUGUGUUCACACACUGUUAAAAGGAUUGGAAAAGAUAAUUGCAAGUGCAGAUAUUCCAAUGUUCGUCUGUGGUGACUUCAAUUCAGUUCCAAGAAGGUAG